AUGUACAAGCUCCUCGCCCUCGCCCUCCUCGCCUCGAGCGUCUUGGCCAUUCCGCAGGACGAGACGACUGCCACUGUGACUCUCCCAACAACGACCGUCACCAGUCUCCCAGGGCCAUCAGAUCCCGCUUCCACCACUAGCCCCCCAGGAGCCUCACCUACCGACAGCGUUACCUUCACCAGCCCACCCGGCAUAUCAACAUCCCCAUCAUCGUCUCCGACUACGACUCGCCCAACCGGCUCCCGCUCAACGCCGCCUUGGUGGUCUCGUCAGAGCCCGAGCCCGAGUUCGAGCUGGACCGCAAGUCCGAGUGGGACGCCCACUGGUCGUCCUGGGACUGGGGGUGGUAACGGCAAUGGCGAUGGGAAUGGUAACGGCAGUGGCAAUGGCGAUGGCAGCAACAGCGGGAGCGGUGGUAGUGGAAAUGGAAUUGGAAAUGGCGACGGGAGCGAUGGGAAUGGAAACAUUGGGAGCGACAGCAAUGGUUCCUCUGGUACAACAGGCGGAUCCGACCCGGUGUUUACGGGCGCCGCGCAAGGAUUGUACGCCAAUCCGAACGCGGUUGGAUUAUAUGCAGUUAUUGCUGGGGUUUUGCUUGGUGGGAUGAUUGUUUAG